GGCUGCAACCUGUCUGUCCUUUCUCCUCUGAAGACUGAACAGCUAAAGAAAAACCCUUGGACAGGCUGGCUGCCACUAUGAUCCCUAGACUACUUUCCCUGCUCUGUGUCCGGCUGUGUGUUGGCCAAGAAGACAUAAGUGGAGAUGGGUCCCUUCCCAAGCCCAGCCUCAGUGCCUGGCCCAGCUCAGUGGUUCCUACCAGGAACAACGUGACCCUGCAAUGUAUGAGUUCAACCCCAGGUGCGUACUUUGUCCUUAGAAAGGAAGAGGCUAUUUUGGAGUCCAGGCCUUCCAGGCUCUCAAUUGAGUUGACUGAGGGAGCAGCCAAGUUUCAUCUCAUUGAGCUAUGGCCCAGUGAUGCUGGACACUACACCUGUGAAUACUACAGAAAAGGGUUUCCAAACACAACGUCACAGCCCAGCAACGUCCUUCUACUGUUGGUCACAGGAUAUUUAUCUAAACCUUCCCUCCUAGCCCACCAAAGGGGUAAGGUAACCACAGGAGGGAAUGUGACUCUGCAGUGCAAGAAGGAAGACAAUGGGGUGAUGCCUUUGAUGUUCAUUCUACUGAAGACAGGAGUUCCAUCACCCAUACAGUUUCGGAGUCCAUCAGGGACAGUGUCAGACUUCACCUUUCAUAAUGUGACAGCCAAAGACUCAGGAAACUACAGCUGUGUGUACUACCGGUCAAAAGCUCCUUUCUGGGCCUCGGUCCCCAGUAAUUCUCUUGAGAUCUUGGUGACAGGCCUCACAGCGCCCCAGGAGAAUGGUGAAUCCUCAGUCAUGUUGGACUUGCUCAUCCACCCACAGCUCUUUGAGAACUAUCCAGGCCUGGAAUCCCUGCUCACUGGCUCCUCCCAUAGGACAGAGGUCAGGGUUGGGCACAGACACACAUUGAACACAUCACUAUUUUUAUAAUUAUUAUAAUAAAAUUAUAAUAUUCCUCUUCCUCACUGUUAGGACAUGCCACCUGGACCAUAAACGAAAGCCCAUGUAUUUAUGGAACUAUUUCUGUGUUUUGUUUCGGUUUGGUUUUGGUGGCAGUAGGAUUUGAAUUUAGGGUCUCACACUUGCUAGGCAACUACUCUACCACUUCAGCCACAUCUCCAGGUCUUCCUGCCUCUUUAUGCUAUUUUUCGGGUAGGGCCUAGCUUUUUUUGCCUGGGCCAACCUCAGACCACAAUCCUUUCACCCAUGUCUCCCACAUAUUUGGGAUUACACCACCAUACUCAGAUUGUUUGUUGAGAUGGCAUCUCCAACUUUUUGCCUGAGCUAGCCUCAAACUGCAAUCCUACUGAUUCCACCUUCUAAGGGGCUGGGAUUACAUGCCUGUAACCCCAGCUACAAGUUCUUUAUUAUAAAUUUCACCAGUGUGGCUUUAUUUUUCAUUUCCUUCUCCUCCUUCUCC